AAACAUUCUGUACAAGCGGGGUGGGGGGAGGCAGCUCCUGUCGUCAUCACGCAGCGCCCAAAAGAUGAAGGACCCGUGGCGACAAAACAAUCUCCCAUCGGGGUUGGUGUGAACAUUGGACAAUAAGAGCAGAGGGAAUGCGACAUGUGACACUUCCAUCCAGUUUGGCUUGCUGUUCUCAUCCAUGUGACCAGCAGUAAUGCUUGUACAGCAUGACAGUCCUGAAACAGUUGCCAGAGGAAAACUGUUUGCAACAAAACAAAUAGCUUUGUGCCUUACAGCUGAAAGCCUGAAGUGAAAAGUGGUUCAGUGCAGAGUCUUUGAGCAUGCAUUUGCUGAUCUGUGUAUUUGUGGGAAUUAUUUUGAUGAGUCGUGGGUGCCAUGCAGAAGAGACACACUACAAAGAUUGGCUGGGGAAGCUGAAAACAAUUCGGAAUGGAAUCCAUAAAAUUGACAUGUAUCUGAAUGCUGCACUGGAUUUACUAGGUGGAGAGGACGGGCUCUGCAAAUACAAAUGCAAUGAUGGAUCCAAGCCAGUUCCUCGUUCCGCGUAUAAGCCCCCACCACCCAAUGGAUGUGGCUCCCCUAUGUUUGGAGUUCAUCUGGACGUGGGAAUCCCUUCUAUGACGAAAUGCUGCAAUCAACAUGAUCGUUGUUAUGAUACUUGUGGUAAUACUAAACAGGACUGCGAUGAAGUGUUUCAGCAUUGCUUGUCCACAAUCUGCAGAAAUGUACAGAAAACAUUAGGAAUGGAUUCAACUGUACAAGCUUGUGAUCAUGCUGUAGAAUUGCUUUUCAAUGCAGUUAUGCAUUUGGGAUGUAAACCCUACCUGGAGAGCCAGCGGGCCUCAUGCAAGUGCGCAUAUGAGGAAAAAAUUGACCUCUGAUGUGAAGAUUAAGAAAAACAAAUCUUUUAUAGAAGAAGUGCCUUUCCCUAUGGAGCUGAAAAUUUCUAGUUUUCUCAAGGGACUUUUAAUUAUGGAGUAAUGCAUAACAUGUAUAAAAUUCUCUAACAGAUUCUGUUUCGAAGAUUUUCAUAUGAUUUUCUAUGUUCUUCUAACUAUUUACAUAAAUUGAGAUGUGAAUUAUUGCA